AUGGGCGAUGGGGCGACGGCCCAGGACCCAGGAAGAAAAAAACUGCCGUCCCCCACCUCCCGACCUCCACAAACCCUCGCGGCCGCCCCAAUCCCCCAGCCCGGCGUCCACCGGCCCUACGCGCUGCGCCGCCGCCCCCGCCUCUUCCGGCUGCCGCUGCCCCCGCUUCCUUCCGGCGCCCCGUCGGCCCGCCUCCUCCGCCGCGCGGCGGACCCGCCUCCUCCUGGCGGAUUCCCCCCGCACAGCGAGCUGGAAGUUCGGAGCGCCACCACCGCUCCCUUCUCCGGCGACCCCUCCCGCACCGGCGAGCUGGAUGCAGUUGAUCCCCGGGGCUUGGGCAGUUCACCCCAUCCGGCGAGCAUGGCCGUCUCCUGCCACCCCCAACAUAUGCGACCCCGCGGGUCCGAUGGAUGCUCUCGCCGGGGAGGCGGUGCUGCUCCGGCAAGCUCCUUCUUCCUCGAGCACGACCGUCUCCAGACGCCUUCAAACAGCCGCGACCCGCCGUAUUCGACGGAUGCUAACGCGUGGGAGCGGUGCUACUCUGGCGGUCUCCUUCAUCCUCGAGUGCGGCACGUCGACAACAGCCUCCUUGCUGUCGUGCCCUCCUCCAUCCCCGAGCACAACUCCGACGAGCCUGUCGACAGGUUUGUCAUACAUUCAACAUUGGUGGCUUUUGUGCUAUUCUGCUUGAGAAAAAUGAUCUUUGGGGAGCUUCGCUAGUAGUAGACACAGAGUGUGCUUUUAAAUACCUACAGAGCAUCAUGUCAUUUAUAAUUGUUUGAAAUGCUAUGCAUAUCCGUUAUGGCGGCAAAAAUACGCAUGGAUGACUAGCAGAAGUUCAUAAAGAGUUGUCAUAUUAAUCUUGAGAGUUCAGAUAAUUGUAUUUUGGGCAGCUGGAAUAUGAUGGCUCAAGCUUGUAAAAGGAUAUUCAGAAGUUCAAAGUAGACUUAAACAAAAGUUGAAAAA